AAAUGGCUUCUGCAGCAGCAGCCAUGACGCGAUCAGACUCCAUAGCUGAAAGCAUGCCCGACGCACUGAGGCAGAGCCGAUACCAUAUGAAGAGGUGUUUUGCUAAGUUCAUUGAAAAGGGAAAAAGGAUAAUGAAACUGCAGCAUUUGAUGAAUGAAAUGGAGUCAGUCAUAGAUGACAAGGUUGAAAGGAACCAAGUCUUGGCAGGAGUACUUGGCUAUAUAUUGUGUUCAACUCAGGAAGCAGUUGUUAGUCCUCCACAUGUUCUCUUUUCAAUAAGACCAAACCCUGGAUAUUGGGAAUUUGUUCAAGUCAGCUCUGAGGAUCUCUCAGUUGAGGCCAUCACUGUGAGGGACUUCUUGAAAUGCAAAGAAACACUAUAUGAUGAGAAAUGGGCCAAUGAUGAAAAUGCAUUGGAGGUGGAUUUUAGAGCAAUUGACUUCUCUACUCCCCACUUAACUCUAUCGUCCUCGAUUGGAAAUGGACUCGACUAUGUUUCCAAGUUCAUCACUUCGUCGCUAGCUGGGAGAUUGGAGAACUCACAGCCCCUUGUGGACUACUUACUUUCACUGAAUCAUCAAGGAGAACAACUUAUGAUAAAUGACACCCUCAACACUGCUGCAAAGCUUCAGAUGGCCCUGAUUGUCUCAGAAGUAUACCUCUCAGCGCUUCCCAAGGACACUCCAUUUCAAAAUUUUGAAAUUAGGUUUAAAGAGUGGGGAUUUGAGAAGGGCUGGGGAGACACAGCAGAGAGAACCAAGGAAACAAUGAGAACUCUUUCAGAAGUACUACAAGCCCCAGACCCACUUAACAUGGAGAAGCUUUUAAGCAGGCUUCCUACCAUAUUCAAUGUUGUGAUAUUCUCUCCUCAUGGCUAUUUUGGCCAAGCUGAUGUUCUUGGUUUGCCAGACACUGGUGGGCAGGUGGUUUACAUUCUGGAUCAAGUUAAGGCUUUGGAAGAAGAAUUGCUCCUUAGAAUUAAGCAACAAGGGCUUUCUGUGAAACCUCAAAUUCUUGUGGUAACAAGACUCAUUCCUGAGGCAAGGGGAACUAAGUGCAAUCAGGAGUUGGAAGUCAUCAAUGGCACCAAGUACUCAAACAUUCUUAGGGUUCCAUUUAGGACAGAAAAAGGGGUCCUGCGUCGUUGGGUUUCUCGUUUUGACAUCUACCCCUAUCUUGAGCUGUUUGUGCAGGAUGCUACAGCCAAAGUCCUUGACCUCAUGGAAGGAAAGCCUGAUCUAAUUAUUGGAAAUUACACUGAUGGGAAUUUGGUGGCCUCUUUGAUGGCUAACAAACUUGGAAUAACUCAGGCAACAAUUGCACAUGCUUUGGAGAAGACCAAGUAUGAAGACUCAGACAUCAAGUGGAAGGAAUUAGACCCUAAGUAUCACUUCUCAUGCCAAUUUCUGGCAGACACGAUUUCGAUGAAUGCAACAGAUUUUGUCAUUGCAAGCACAUUCCAGGAAAUUGCAGGAAGCAAAGACAGACCAGGACAAUAUGAAAGCCAUACUGCAUUUACUCUCCCAGGGCUUUGUAGAGUUGUCUCAGGCAUCAACGUAUUUGAUCCCAAAUUUAACAUUGCCGCACCUGGAGCGGAUCAGUCUGUCUAUUUCCCUUACACUGAGAAACAAAAAAGAGUCUCUUCAUUUCAUCCUGCAAUUGAAGAACUACUUUAUAGCAAGGAGGAUAACAAAGAGCAUAUGGGGUUCCUAACAGACAGGAAAAAACCUAUCAUCUUCUCAAUGGCAAGGCUUGACACUGUUAAGAACAUUACUGGCUUAGUUGAAUGGUAUGGGAAAAACAAGAGGCUUAGAAAUCUGGUUAACCUUGUGGUAGUUGGAGGCUUCUUUGACCCUUCAAAAUCAAAAGAUAGAGAGGAAAUAGCAGAAAUAAAAAAGAUGCAUUCAUUGAUAGAGAAGUACCAACUCCGAGGUCAGAUCAGAUGGAUAGCAGCACAGACUGAUAGGAACCGCAACGGAGAACUCUACCGUUGUAUUGCUGACACCAGGGGAGCUUUUGUCCAACCUGCUCUAUAUGAAGCUUUUGGUCUUACUGUCAUUGAGGCAAUGAACUGUGGAUUACCCACUUUUGCAACCAACCAAGGAGGGCCAGCUGAAAUCAUUGUUGAUGGGAUCUCUGGUUUCCAUAUUGAUCCCAACAAUGGUGAUGACGCAAGCAACAAAAUUGCUGAUUUUUUCGAGAAAUGCAAAACUGAGGCUACAUACUGGGAAAAGUAUUCAAAAGCGGGUUUGCAACGCAUUAAUGAAUGCUACACCUGGAAGAUAUAUGCAAACAAGGUAUUGAACAUGGGGUGCACUUAUACUUACUGGAGGCAGUUGAACAAAGAGCAGAAACAGGCAAAGCAAAGAUACAUCCAGAUGUUCUUUAAUCUCCAAUAUAGAAAUUUGGUGAAGAAUGUGCCUAUCCCAAGUGACGAGGCUGAACAACCAGCACCAAAGCCAGUCCCCAAAUCACAGACGACUCUAAGGCAUGUUAUGCUAAAAGACAUGUAG